UUAAAGCCAGAGGGUCGGGAUAGACGGCAGACUGUUCAGGAACACCGAGUCACGCUGUCGAGGAAAGGAAAUCAUUCAGGAUGCCAGAGCCAAUCAAAAAACCAGAAGCUCCAGCGGAGGCCCCUGCUGAGGGAUCCGUGGAGUCCGAGGUAAAACCAGGAGAGAAGCCAGCACCGCCUGCAGCAGAACCAGCACCGGUGGAGCCCACUGCCCCGGCACAAGAUGCUCCUCCGGCUGAGGAUGCUCAUACUCCGGACACCAGGCAGGACCUGACGGGACUCUUCACAGAGAAACCUCAGAGUGGAGAAGUCACAAUGGGUGAAAACAUCACAUUUGUAGCAAAAGUGAACGCCGAGUCGUUGCUGAAAAAACCCACCGUCAAAUGGUUUAAAGGGAAGUGGAUGGACCUCGCCAGCAAGUCUGGAAAACACCUGCAGCUAAAGGAGACAUACGACCGCAACACCAAGGUCUACACAUUUGAGAUGCAGAUCAUUGAGGCUAAAGCUAACUUUGCUGGAGCUUACAGAUGUGAAGUUGCAUCCAGGAACAAGUUCGACAGCUGCAACUUUGACCUGACUGUACACGAGGCCCGUGCUGCUGAAGGUUUGGACAUUAGAGCAGCUUUUAGGCGCACUAGCACAGAUGGAAAUGAAGAUUCAGGAGAACUGGACUUCAGCGCCUUAUUAAAAAAGAGGUAAGCGCUUGUAAAAUAAUAAACAAAUAAUUGCACUGUUCAGGCGAAUUCAGAUCCGGACGUUGACGUGUGGAAGAUUCUCAGCGGCGCUCCCCCCUCAGAAUAUGAAAAGAUUGCGUUUCAACACGGUAUUACCGACCUGCGAGGGAUGCUCAAGAGACUGAAGAAGAUGAAGAAAGAGGAGAAGAAGAGUGAAGCUUUCCUCAAGAAGCUGGAUCCUGCCUACCAAGUAACAAAAGGGCAGAAAAUCAAACUGGCGGUCGAGGUCGCCAAUGAAAACGUUGAGGUGAAGUGGCUGAAGAACGGACAGGAAAUCCGACCAACUGGAAGCAAGUACAUAUUUGAGAGUGUCGGCAACAUGCGCUACCUCACCAUCAACAACUGCUCUCUGGCUGAUGAUGCAGCAUAUUGCUGUAUUGUGGGAGAGGAGAAAUGCACCACCGAGCUCUUUGUUAAAGAGCCUCCUGUGACAAUUGUGAAAAAUCUGGAGGAUCAAAUGGUCAUGAAGGGUGAGCGGGUGGAGCUGGAGUGUGAAGUCUCAGAGGAAGGAGCCAAUGUUAAAUGGGAGAAAGACGGCGUGGAACUGACGAGAGACGAGUCCUUCAAGUAUCGCUUCAAGAAAGACGGCUGCAAACACGUGCUGAUCAUCAACGAGGCUUCCAAGGAAGACUGUGGCCACUACAAGGUUAAAACAAAUGGCGGCGAGUCCAUGGCUGAACUCCUGGUGCAGGAGAAAGAGCUGGAGGUCUACCAGAGCAUUGCAGACCUCACGGUGAAGGCGAAGGAUCAGGCGGUUUUCAAGUGCGAGGUGUCGGAUGAGAACGUGAAGGGAACAUGGUACAAGAAUGGUGUGGAAGUCAAGGCUGACGCCAGGAUAAAUAUCACGCACAUUGGCAGGAUCCAUAAACUGACCAUUGAUGAAGUCAAACCUGAGGAUGAGGGCGACUACACGUUUGUGCCAGAUGGCCACGCUUUCAACCUUUCUGCUAAACUCAACUUCUUGGAGGUGAAGAUCGAUUUUGUACCACGUCAAGAUCCUCCUAAGAUCCACCUGGACUGCAUGGGUCGCACGUCCGACUCAACCAUCAUAGUGGUGGCUGGAAACAAACUGCGUCUGGAUGUCCCCAUCACCGGAGACCCAGCACCCACAGUGAUCUGGACCAAAGGAGAAAAGGCUAGCUCUGUAAAGCCUGAGGAAGGAGAGCCAGAAGGGGGCGCAACUUCUUGGACCACGAGCAAUGGGGAAGUCAUCACAGAAGGAGAUGGCAGGGUCCAUGUGGAAACCACCAAGGGUCACUGUAUCUUCACCAUCGAGGGGGCGGAAAGGCAGGACGAGGGAAUCUACUCUGUUGUGGUUCGAAACCCAGCUGGGGAAGACACUGCUGAUAUCAAUGUGAAAGUUGUCGAUGUUCCAGACCCUCCUCAGACUCCCACAAUCAUCAGCGUGGGCGAGGACUCCUGCGUCGUCACCUGGGAGCCUCCUCUGUUUGACGGCGGACAGCCAAUCAUUGGUUAUGUGCUGGAGAGGAAGAAGAUCAAGAGCUACAGGUGGAUGAGGCUGAACUUCGACCCCUACCCUCAAACCACCUAUGAAGCCCGGAGGAUGAUUGAAGGCGUAGCGUACGAGAUGCGAGUUUACGCCGUCAACAGCAUCGGCAUGUCUCGCCACAGUCCCGCCUCAAAGUCGUUCGUGCCAGUCGCCCCUACGAGUGAGCCCAUCGGACUGUGUGUGGACGACGUCAGCGACACCUCCAUUACGCUGAAGUGGCGGCGGCCUGAGAGGAUCGGCUCGGCUGAACUCGAGGGCUACGGGGUCGAGUACUGCAAGGAGGGCACUGAUGAAUGGAUUCCAGCCAUUGACGGUCUGACAGACAGGACAUCAAUGAUUGUUAAAAAUCUCACCACCGGAGACAAACUGCAGUUCCGUGUUCGAGCCUACAACAUGGCGGGUCCCAGCGCUCCCGCCACUCUGGCUCAACCCGUCACCAUCAGAGAGAUCAUGCAACGCCCGAAAAUUUGGCUCCCCAGAAACCUCCGCCAGACUCUCAUCAAGAAAGUUGGAGACACUGUCAACAUUGUGAUUCCAUUCCAGGGCAAACCCAGGCCGAAGGUUACAUGGAGUAAAGACGGGGAGCCACUGAGCCCCCAGUUUGCAAGUGUGAGGAACAGUGAAGUAGAUACGAUCCUCUUCAUCCGCAAGACAGAGCGGAAACACUCGGGCCAGUACGACCUCCAGGUGCAGAUAGAGAACGUGGAAGAUACAGCUAAAAUCAUGCUGCAGAUUGUUGAUCUCCCAGGGCCUCCAGAGGCUCUGAAGAUCGUAGAUAUCUGGGGAUUCAACGUGGCGCUCGAGUGGAAGCCACCGAAGGACAACGGUAACUGUGAAAUAGUUGGGUACAACAUUCAGAAAGCUGACAAGAAGACCAUGGAGUGGUAUACAGUCUACGAGCAGUACAGGCGAACCCACUGUGUCGUGUCCGACCUCAUCAUGGGGAACGAGUACGUCUUCCGAGUCUUUUCCAUCAACCUGGUGGGCUUCAGCACAGAUCCCUGCCAAACCAAAGACAGCGUUUACAUCCAAAAAACAGGUAUCGUGUACAAGCCGCCCAGCUACAAGGAACACGACUUCUCAGAGGCUCCCAAGUUCACACAUCCUCUGAUGAAUCGCUCCGUCAUAGCGGGAUACAACGCCACGCUCAGCUGCUCAGUGAGAGGCAUACCGAAGCCCAAAGUGACCUGGUACAAAAACAAAAUGGACAUCUCGAAUGAGGCCAAGUACCGAAUGCUCAGCAAGCAGGGCGUCCUGACGCUGGAGAUCCGUAAGCCCUGUCCGUUCGACGGAGGCGUCUACAUGUGCAAGGCGGUCAACGACAGCGGGGAGGACAUAGUGGAGUGUAAACUGGAGGUUCGCCCUCAAAUUGCAAAGGAUGAAAAGAAAGAUGCCAAGAAGUAAAGCUACAAGCUGCGGACUGAGAGGAUCGAUUCGUCUCCUACGUGUUUGUGUCGUGGGAAACUCUUCCGCUGCAUCACAAACCGUGUUCAGCUCAGCACCUUAUUUCUCCUCUGCAGGCAUCUUGCAUCAAAUCCCCCUCAGAGUUUAGAUUACUGACCUGACUGCUUGAUUAGUAAGGAACUGUCAGGAUUAUUUAAAAAGUAAGUCGUGGUUUUAUCGCUCUGGAUUUCGCUCAUUUCAAAGAUCACGUGUAAUGGUCAUGGUGUUUGGUAAAUACAGACAAUCAAAGUAGCAAUAUGUGUGGAACUAAAUGGUGACUUGCUGUCCUGUUUCUCACUUGUUUCAGCGAAUAGAGUAAAAAUUAAUUAUUGUGUUUGCUUUGUGUGCAUAAAAACUGCUUAAAACCACAAAGACGGAGUGAUUUCAUUCAGUCAUGCUAGUGGCAUUGUGUUACAGGGAGGACGGUGCAAAGGUGGAGCUCAUCAUGAGAGCUGCACACAGAAAAUCCAGAAAGCAUGCCACUGAUACCCAACAGUCCAGUGGAAUGGACAAGA